UAAAACUGACAGCUGAUUCAGAAACUGUUAGUUUCUGCUGUUGUGUGUGUAAUGUUAUAAUAAUGAUCCUACAGGGAAAGUAUGAGCUUUAGGGUUCACCUUUUAGUUCACAUAUGGAUGCUAAAGGGAGCUGUGUCCCAGGGCUGGAUGGGGCGUCCCCCUCCCCUGAUACUGAACCCCUCAUAAAGGAUCCAAGACCCCCAGAGCCCAGUCUCGUCUCACAUAUGGACAUUCAGGGGUACAGAUGGGUGUGCUGGAAGGUGUGGUUGUGCAGAAUUGGGGCAGUAUUUUCUGUUGGCCUUCUGCUCGUGCUCUUCAAAUGGCGUCCUCGUAUUGGCAUUCUGGCCCGAUGCAAGUCCUGUCCCAUUUCAAUGGCGGAUGUCCUAUUAUUAAAGGACAGAUAUGGACAGCAGUUUGUGGUGGAUGUGCUUACAGAAGAGGUUGAGGAAGGCAGUCUGGACUUUGCAGUAGGAGAUGUGGAUGAGAAUGAAUGGAGAGACACUGUGCAGCUACACAGUGAAAAGAAAACACUUCUCAGAUACUAUGUGUUUGAGGGCAUACGCUACAUAUGGAUCUCCAAGAAAGGAGCCUUUUGCAAAGCAAGUGUUCUCAGUGAAGGCUGGACCUGCGCUGACCUACAUGGUCAACAGCAAGGACUGAGUCGAGCAGACCAGAGCACAAGGAAACAGAUUUUUGGGGCCAAUAUCAUUGAUGUACCAGUGAAGUCUUAUCUGCAGCUUCUCGUCGAAGAGGUGCUCAAUCCGUUCUACAUAUUUCAAGUGUUUAGCAUCAUCCUGUGGAUGUCAGAUGGAUACUUCUAUUAUGCAGCUUGCAUCUUCAUCAUAUCUUUAAUUUCAAUUUUAGUGUCCCUUUAUGAAACUCGUAAGCAAAGCAUCACUCUCCGCCGCAUGGCCUGUUUGAUAGUGAACGUUACUGUGCGCAGGGACACCGGAGAGGAGGAGUGUGUGAGCUCUGAAGAACUUGUACCAGGAGAUUGUGUUGUGAUUCCAGCCGAGGGUUUGCUCCUGCCCUGUGAUGCCGCCCUGCUGGCCGGGGAGUGCAUGGUGAACGAAAGCAUGCUGACUGGUGAAAGCAUACCAGUGAUGAAGACGCCAUUGUCUAAUUCUGAGGCCACAUAUAAUCCAGAAUCUCAGCGCAGACACACUUUGUUUUGUGGCACACAGAUCAUCCAGGCUAAAGGAGGUGGUUCUGGGAAAGGGGCCAUUGCUGUCGUAACAUGCACAGGUUUUUUAACUGCCAAAGGAGAUCUUAUAAGCUCCAUUCUCUACCCUCAGCCCUUAGACUUCCGCUUUUACCGAGACGCCAUGAAGUUCCUUCUUUUUCUAGGACUUCUGGCUCUGAUCGGCACCAUUUACAGCCUUGUGAUUCUUUCAAAGAGCAAUACGCCCUGGAAAGAACUAAUCAUCCGCUCUCUGGAUAUUGUGACAAUUAUAGUCCCACCUGCUCUUCCUGCUGCUAUGACUACAGCUACCAUCUACGCCCAGAAUCGGCUGAAGCGUCAGGGGGUUUUCUGCAUUAGCCCACCUCGCAUUAAUAUCUGUGGCAAGAUAUCACUUUUCUGCUUUGAUAAGACCGGCACUCUGACAGAGGAGGGUCUGGAUGUGUGGGGUGUGAUGGAAGUGACCGACGGAGUGUUUGGAGAGCUGGUCCCGGACCCGCUGUUUCUCCCUCCUGGUCUGAUGAUGUCUGCUCUCGCCUCCUGCCAUUCUGUGGCUUUACUAGGCGGUCAAGCACUUGGAGACCCACUGGAGCUCAAAAUGAUCGAAUCUACUGGAUGGGAACUGACAGAGCCGGAGAAUGAUAUGGGACAUGAUUCUGAAUUUGGGGGAUACCGAGUGCUAGCAGUGAUGAGACCUCCUGCAUCUGAGCUCCUGUCAGAAGGAAAUUCUGUCAGUCAGCCAGUGGCGAUCGUUCGGCGGUUCCCAUUCUCCUCUUCUCUGCAGAGGAUGAGUGUGGUGACCGUUGGCCCAGCUGGAGCUUCUCCUGUUGCUUUUCUUAAAGGAGCCCCAGAGAUGGUGGCUAGUUUCUGCCAUAAAGAAAGUGUGCCUUCUCAUUUUUCACCUACUCUCCGGGAGUACGCCAGCCAGGGCUUCAGGGUCCUUGGACUUGCCUACAAGCACCUCGCUAAAGAGACUGAUCUGAGCACUGUUGAAAGGGUGGAGGUGGAAAAAGGCAUGAACUUCCUGGGUCUGUUGGUGAUGAAGAACCAAGUGAAGCCAGAAAGUGCUGAAGUCAUUCACACUCUAAAUCUGGCACAGUUACGGCCUGUGAUGGUUACAGGUGACAAUAUUCUCACUGCUGUGAACGUAGCACGUGCCUGUGCAAUGGUGCCAUCACAUGAGAAGGUUAUUUUCGUUCAUGCAUCGCCCCCUACUGCUGGUUCACAGGCCUCACUGCAGUUUCACGAGGGAGAGGGAGCCUCAGCCACCAUUAAUACUCAACAGACCAUCGAUAUUCCAGUGCAGGGUCAGUACCAGAGCGCAGUCGGCUAUCAUCUGGCUAUAAAUGGGAUGUCCUUCGCAGCACUUUGUGAUCAUUUCCCUGAAUAUCUACCCAAGGUUCUGAUGAGGGGGACAAUUUACGCCCGCAUGACCCCUGAACAGAAAACCCAGCUGGUUAAAGCUUUGCAGAAACUCAAUUACAGGGUGGGCAUGUGUGGCGACGGAGCCAAUGACUGUGGAGCUCUGCGGGCUGCAGAUGUGGGAGUGUCCUUGUCUGAGGCUGAGGCGUCUGUCGCGUCUCCUUUCACAUCCAAAUCUGACAACAUUAGCUGCGUGCCUUUACUCAUCAAGGAGGGCAGGUGUUCACUGGUGACUUCAUUCAGUCUCUUCAAAUACAUGGCCUUAUACAGUCUGAUCCAGUUUGCCUCUGUACUGAUUCUCUACACGGAGAAAACCAACCUAGGUGACCUGCAGUUCCUGUUCUUUGAUUUGGUAUUGGUGACUGUGUUGGCUAUUCUGAUGGGGCGAGGAGGACCCAGUAAUGAUCUUCACCCUCAGCGUCCUGCUGCCAGUCUGCUGACUCUGCCAGUCCUAGCUAGUUUACUGAUGCACACCGUACUGCUGAUCCUGGCUCAGGUCUCUGGUCUGCUCAUUACUAUGUCACAAGACUGGUAUGUGCCACUAAAUUCCACCAGGACAGGCGCUGCAAACCUGCCCAACAUGGAGGACACAAGUGUAUUUGGUGUAUCUGGCUUUCAGUAUAUCAUCAUGUCUGUUGUAAUAACUAAAGGAUUUCCAUACAAAAAGCCGCUUUAUCACAAUGUAUUGUUCGUAUGUGCUCUGGUGUUCCUCUUUGCUCUCAUGAGUUGGCUGGUGCUUUUCCGUCACACCAUCAUCCACCGUGUGCUGUCGCUCUAUGACAUCACUGACAUGAGCUACAAACUCCUGCUAGUGGCCAUCGCUGCGCUAAACUUCUUCAUAUGCUACUUACUCGAGUUUUUCAUUGACCAAGGUGCCCUGAACUGCCUUCGAAACCUCAGAGGAAAACGCGAGUCCAAAAAGCAGUACAAGCGUCUGAACGUCCAGCUCGCAGAAACACCAUCAUGGCCGCCGCUGAACCAGCCUUUGUUCCCUCCACAGAGCUCAGUCAUCAGCGUUAGCUAACACCGGCCUCCGCUUUAGCAUUUGGGGCUCUCCUGAUACACAUUUCCAGGGUCGCCAAAGAUCUGAUACCACGUCUCAGUGCAGUAGUGAGGUAUGAGUACCAGAUGCCAUACUUGUCUGCCUAUUAUAUAUGGCGCAAAACUUCUGAUGCAGGAAGAAGAGUGAGGUAAAGAUCACUUUUGGAGAUCGUGUUUCUUGUUUUACUGAAUAAAAACUUUUGAGUAUU